AUGACUUCAAUUGGAACUGGCUACGAUUUGUCCAACAGUACUUUCAGUCCUGAUGGAAGAAACUUCCAGGUCGAAUAUGCCAUGAAGGCAGUCGAGAAUGCCGGCACCUCGAUCGGUAUCAAAUUCAAGGACGGUGUCGUUUUCGCCGUUGAAAAGAUUAUCAGUUCUAAGCUUCUAGUGCCCGGCUCCAACAAGCGACUCCAGACCAUUGACAAACACGUCGGUGUGGCAUACUCUGGAUUACUGCCUGAUGGUAGACACUUUGUCAAUAGAGGACGCGACGAUGCCCGAAGUUGGAGAGAUUUAUACAAGUCUCAGAUCCCCGUUUCUACCUUAGCAGAUCACAUGGGUGGCUACGCACAAGCCUACACUCUCUACAAUUCAGUCAGACCUUUUGGCGUCACUGUCAUUGUUGGCGGUGUCGAUAGCGAAGGACCACACCUUUACAUGAUUGAACCUAGCGGAACAUACUGGGGGUACCGCGGUGCUGCCACGGGCAAGGGUCGUCAAACAGCCACCUCUGAGCUGGAAAAGCUCGAUCUUGGAAACCUGACGGCGGAAGAGGCUGUCAAGGAGGCUGCAAAGAUUAUAUACUUGGCUCAUGAAGACUCUAAGGACAAGGACUUUGAGCUGGAAAUUAGCUGGGUCAGCACCUCUGCUACUGGCGGCGUCCACCAGUACGUUCCUGAGGCGCUGCUCGAGGAAGCAAAGCAGUAUGCCAUCAACGAGAUUGAGGGUGAUGACGGUGACGAGAUGGAGGAAUAG